AUGACUAUGUCUCAGUUGCUGGAUUAUGCGGCAAUUUUCUUUCUCUGUGUCUUAACAGCCAGCUCACUGGAUACGUUUACUGCAGCUGUAUAUGAGCAUGCAGUGAUAUUGCCUAAUGCCACCCUGAUACCGGUGUCCUAUGAAGAGGCCUUGCUAUUAAUGAACCAAAAUCUGGAUCUUUUGGAGGAAGCAAUCGCAUCAGCAUCAAAGCAGGGUGCACAUAUUAUUGUGACCCCAGAAGAUGGUAUUUAUGGCUUUAACUUCAACAGGGAAUCCAUCUACCCAUACUUGGAGGAUAUCCCAGACCCUCAAGUGAACUGGAUCCCUUGUAAUAAUCCCGACAGAUUUGGUCACACCCCAGUGCAAGAAAGGCUCAGCUGUCUGGCCAAGGACAACUCCAUCUACGUCGUGGCAAACAUUGGAGACAAGAAGCCAUGCAAUGCCAGUGACCCUCACUGUCCCCCUGAUGGUCGUUACCAAUACAACACUGAUGUGGUGUUUGAUUCUGAGGGGAAAUUGGUGGCCCGCUACCAUAAGCAAAAUCUUUUCUUGGGUGAAGAUCAGUUCAAUGCACCCAAGGAACCUGAGGUCGUGACUUUCAACACCACGUUUGGAAAGUUUGGCAUUUUCACGUGCUUUGAUAUUCUCUUCCAUGAUCCUGCUGUGACUCUGGUGAAAGAUUUCCACGUGGACACCAUACUCUUCCCAACAGCUUGGAUGAAUGUUUUGCCACAUUUGUCAGCUAUUGAAUUCCACUCAGCUUGGGCUAUGGGCAUGGGAGUCAACUUCCUUGCAUCCAAUUUACAUUACCGCUCAAAGAAAAUGACAGGAAGUGGCAUCUACGCACCUGAUUCUCCAAGAGCAUUUCAUUAUGAUAUGAAGACAGAGGAGGGAAAACUCCUCCUCUCACAACUGGCCUCCCACCCACACCCCACAGCAGUAGUGAAUUGGACUUCUUAUGCGAGUGGUAUAGAAGCCCCCUCAAAGGGAAACCAGGAAUUUAAGGGCAUCAUCUUUUUUGACGAGUUCACCUUCUUGGAGCUCAAAGGAGUCACAGGAAAUUACACAGUUUGUCAGAAAGAUCUCUGCUGUCAUCUAAGUUACAAGAUGUCUGAGAAGAGAUCAGAUGAAGUUUAUGUACUAGGGGCAUUUGAUGGACUACAUACUGUGGAAGGGAGCUAUUAUUUACAGAUUUGUACUCUGUUGAAGUGUAAAACAAUGGACUUACACACUUGUGGUGAUUCAGUUGAAACUGCUUCCACCAGGUUUGAAAUGUUCUCCCUCAGUGGCACUUUUGAAACCCAGUAUGUCUUUCCUGAGGUGUUGCUGAGUGGAAUUCAGCUUGCACCUGGAGAAUUUCAGGUGUCAAGUGACGGACGCUUGUGCAGCCGGAAGCCACUGUCUGGACCUAUCUUGACAGUAACUCUGUUUGGAAGGUUAUAUGAGAAGGAUAGUGCACCAGAUGCUUUCUCAGACCUCAUGGCACAGGCACUGAGAGUAAUGCUCAUAGUUGUCAUACCUAUUGUGUACUCAUUAGGUUGGUAG